GUUGCUGAAGAGCAUCGUUUACAUGGCGCUAUGCGUUCCGAUGAGUACAUCACGUCCGAGGUCUCGAGGACAACGUGACGACGCUCGCCACCUUCUUCCGCCGCGUUCCCGUGAUAGGUGCACGAGGUCCUCGGCGAGAUGACAAUAACGCGAGACGUGCGUGCACACCAGUAAACUCGACGCGAGGAAAACCGGUUCCAGCCGAGUAGUUGCACUUCAAAGGCUAAUGCUGAACAAGCGAAGCAAGGCGCACAGGUGAAAGUGAAGUAAUCGAAAGGAAUACGCGGACGAACGGGCGGGCGGGCGACUGGAACGUCUCUCUGGCGUCUCUUCUUCUGGCCCAGGCUGGCCGGAAGCAUGGAGACGCGCUUGUCCUGAGGCGCCCCGUCGUUGGCUCGCUGACAGUCAGCUAACCUAAAUCGGACGCGAUAUCGUGAUAUCGGAACACGACAAGGCGUGACGGUGAGCGAAGUUCGGCGGCAGCCACGAGGCCUCCUGCACCAUGGCCAUGCUCGACAAGCUGGAGAACGUCUGCAGGCUGUGCAUGGAGAAGAAGAACGAGAUGAUGCCGAUCUUCGGCAACGAAAGUAUGCAGCGCAAGGUGCCCCACAAGCUGCGCGGCUGUCUGCCAGUGCUGGUGUACCAGACCGACCCGCUGCCGAAACAAAUCUGCCAAUUCUGCGCGGCCAGGUUGGACGAUGCUUACGAGUUCCGAGAACAUUGCCUGGACGUUUUCAAAAAGAUGUUCAACAUGCUCCUCAAGUCGAAGCAGACGGAAUCGGUGCGGAUAUUUUUGGACGCGAUGACGAACUCGCAAGACCCAUGCCAGGCGCAGCUGUGCAAGAAAUCUAGAGCACCACCACCUUUGGUCCCUUUGCCAAACUCACUGCCACUUGACAACUCAUUGGCCCCGAUCAACCAGAUCGCUCAGGACCAACUGCAGAGCGCUUGUAUAGAGACCCUGCCCGAACUGCCGUGCGAGGUGGAGAUCAAAGAGAUGACCGGAGACGCGAGUUUGAACGACCAAAUUGCUGCCUGUGAAUCGCCGAGCAGAGUGCCCAAAUGGUUGGACACUUACAUGACGGAUGUGCCAACGAUGAUAAAUACAGUUCCUACAUUUGACAUUACGGAAGAGAAGCGGACGUUCUCUAAAGCGGAGUACCAAGCAAGGAGAGAGGAGAAGCGCACGAGCAUUUUGGAACAGGCGCUGACUGGUAACCUCACUAUGAACAAUAUGGCGAAGAACAAUCUGAUGGUGGACCACCAGCAGAGGCUACAAACCAAAACGAGAUUAACUACCGAAUGGUGGUGCGCGCCGUGCAACCGAUAUUUCAAAUCGAAGGACAGUCUAGUGAGACACCUGGAGGUGUUGUGCCCGCGCGAGUUCACUUGCAAAAGAUGCUCUAUAUCCUUUGAGUCUGUGGAACUCUUGGCGAUACACGAAGCUGACAAUCAUUUGAAAGUCGAAUUAGACUCGACGAAAGACUUAAACGAUUGCGAUCAGUGCGACCGGCAAUUUUUAAGCUGGAACAUGUUGAAACAGCACAGACUGUGCGACCAUUUGGCCGGAUUGACUGAGUUCCUUAGAGAUACACGGUGUUCAUUGUGCAAUAGGUUUUUCCCUACUGUACGAGCCUAUCAAAACCACAUGCAGUUGCAUCAAACGAACGACAGCUUGGUAUUACCGCAGAGAUCAUUUUCAGCGGAGCCCACGUUUCCCAUGGUGAAGAUAGCGGAACGAAUGGGGGAAGUUAAGAGGGUAGAUCCAUUCUACGAAAACACGAAAUCCCUCAAGUGUCCCACAUGCGGAAAGGUCUGCACGGCGCAAAGCGCGUUGUCGAACCACAUGCGUACCCACAAGCCGAAGAAAUACAAGUGCAAUUUUUGCGGCCGGUUGUUCGGACUUCUUAUACGACUGGCGGCGCACAAAAUGUCGCACGAUAAGCAGGCGGAGGUAUCACCGGUGAUGUCGGCAGUCGAGCAGGAGGAGGCGUUGAACGCUGAGAGAGAAGCGAGGGAAGCGAGAGAAGCCAGAACCCGUGUGAAUAAGAGACCUUACUCCGAGACAGUGGAAAAUCGCGACGCUUCGCCGGAGGACGAGCCUGCCGAGUUCAAAAAAAUAGCAAAAUGCGGCAUCUGUUCGCAGUGGUUCGGCGACCACACGACGAUGCUGACGCAUCUUCAGACGCACUCAGACAAUUAUAAUUGUAAAAACUUCACGUGUCACGUGUGUAAAAAGUCGUUUAAAGAACAAUGGCAGCUGGCUAGGCACGAAGCGAGUCACAAACGCGCUCACAAAGCUGCGUACACAUGCAAUGGCUGCAAGAAGUCCUUCACGGACAAGUCUCUGUACAAGGCGCAUCAAAAGACGCACACAGUGGACAAAACCUAUCAUUGCGCCAAGUGCAAUAAGAUCUUUUUCAAAGAAGUGUCGCUGCUCGCCCAUCAGUGCACAGGUGGCGCGUUGUUGGAGAAGAGGGUCACCGUAGAAGCCGUGCAGAGAACAUCGACUCACGACAGCAACAAGAGACUCAAGCGGGACGCGUCGUUCUCGUCGUUGCCGUCGCGAAACUCUCAUAUGAGAACGCCCGACAACGAAGCGUACGGCAACAUGGCACGUGAGAUUAAGCUCGAAACGGACGACGAAUCGAUGCCAAAAUUGAGCCCGGAGAUCUUGGAGUACGUACCUCCCAUCAUCGAGCCCAGGGUCGAAAUCAACGAGCAAAGUGUACCCCCACCUUUAAAACGGACUCUCAUUAGGACAACUAAUGGGUAUCGUUGUGGCGUCUGCAAGUCACCGUUCGUAUCGAGGGAGCUAGCCGUGGCGCACCUGAGAUCAGCGCAUCCGCUGAUGCCAUAUCAGUGUCCUUAUUGUAAAAAGCGAUUCACCACGCAGUUAAUGUUCACCCACCACAUUAAGACGGAGCACCCCGAUGAGUCCGAGAACUGAAGACCGCUCCUCGUGCGAUUCUUCUGGCCGCAUAGACCGAUCAAAGUUGUUUCACAAUACGUGCCUCGUACUAUGAGAGUGCGUCUCUUAUAGUAUGUAUAUAUACAGGACGUUUAUCGAAGGAUUUUCCAGCUCAACCGUGCCGAAUACAGCUGCGGUGAACACCCUGUAUAUAGUGUAUCAAACUUUGGCUCGAAGGCCGUGUCAUUUUGUUUGUAGGUGUUGAGAGGGAGAGUCCUCUAGUGCGUGACCGUGAGCGAUUAACGUUAAAAUUCGUUCGUUGAAUGCGAGGCUAUUGAUACUAGUACUUACGCUGAUGAACGUGCCUGUAUAAGUGCUUUGUUUUACAGUGUUAUUAUAAUCUAAUUGCGCGCGCAAAAAGAGAAAGAGAGAGAGGGACGACGACGACGACGACGGCGAUGUGUUUCUAGAACGACGGUAAGGCAAAUUUCACAAGACGUGUUGACUAGAAAAACAAUUUAGAUAGUUACGUAAAUGUUUGAUCGGCCAUUGAGCGGUCAAUAGGAGAUUUUAGUUGCAUAAUUUCUAUCAUGUACGAUCUUUUACGACGAAAGAAGUUGCGGUUCAAUACAGUGACAGCGACAUAGUCGUGAGGAACAAUAUAGGCGUACGUUCAUUGACAUUUUGUUUUAAUGUCGUUGUAAGUUAUCUUGCGUUUCAGAGAGAGAAAGAGAGAGAGAGAGAGAUAGGGAGGGAGGAAAAAAGGAACGGAGGUGUCGAAAAUCCUCAGCUAUUUAAUUAUUAGAACACAUUCCCGCAGUUUUACUUGGCGUCACGAUCUCGCGGCGAUCGUAACGCGAACGGAGUGCCGAAGUGCUUCUCGAGAAUACCGAAGAUCGUCGUCGUUAGUUGCGGUCCGGCGUAGAAAAAAAAGAAAGCCGACGUUCCCAGCCGACAGCGAUGCCACGUAAUUUAAUUGUACACUAUCUUUGUAAGUUUAUUUUAUAUAUAGCUAAUUUACAAUAAACCAUUGUCGAAAGA